UAAUAGUGGUAGUUUAAGAUUAAUAGUAUAUAUAGUCCGACAUAAUAACGACAUCCUGAGGUCAAAUAUGACAAAAUCAACAGAGCAGUGUGUGCUAAAUGCAAAGUUGAGAAACUGUGAAGCCUUUCUUCAAAGGCAAUUGCAUUUUUGCAUGACAACACUUUGUCACCACCAACUACUAAAGUCCUUCUCACUAAUCUUAAGUUACUACUCAAAAAGCUGUGGGAUCCAAUAGCAGUUUUACCAGAAAAGUUGAUGUCAUGUAGUUAAGUCGUUGGCACUCAAAUUGAACCUUCCCACUCCAACUCGAUGGCCACAUCAUCGAUUCAAUUACACCUAAGGACGUUCUUCUAUAAAUAUAAAUGAACACUUUCUUCCUGGUCUCUCAAUGCCAGUCUCCUUUUACUAGACUAGAUUUUCUUUUGUUUAACUCCUGUUUCUCCUCUAUUUAGCUUAUCUCACCAUGAAUAACCACAAUGUCCAAGUUUGUUCUUACUGCUAUAAAGCUGUAGUAUUAACAUGCCUUGUCAUUCUAGUCUUCGCCCCUGGAAUCUCAGGUGAAUGCACUUGCAACAUCAAGGUUGAUCAACCGCGAAACACCAAAAACAGUAGUGAUUCCCUUAGAUACAGACUCAUAUCAAUAGUUUCAAUACUGAUUGCUGGUGCAAUUGGGGUCAGUCUCCCACUUUUGGCAAGGAAAAUUGAAGCUCUGAGGCCCGAAAAUGAUAUUUUCUUCAUGAUCAAGGCCUUUGCUGCUGGUGUCAUUCUAGCCACUGGCUUCAUCCACAUAUUGCCUGAUGCAUUUCAGACACUAACAUCACCUUGCCUGCAAGGCAUGGACCCUUGGGGUAAAUUCCCUUUCACAGGUUUCUUUGCCAUGAUCGCCUCUAUUGGAUGUUUGAUGAUUGAUACAUUUGCAACGAGUUUUUACCAAAACAGGCACUUUCACAUAGCCAAGCAGGUCAAUAUUGUAGACGAAGAAGCAGCCAGGGAUGACAUACAACACAGUCAUAGUCAUGCCAGCCAUGUUGCACAUGGGGCGACUCAUUCUAUCGGAUCUGAUCAAGAAUUGAUUCUGUCUGAAAAUAUACGAAAUCGCAUCAUAUCACAGGUGUUGGAGCUAGGAAUUCUGGUCCACUCCAUAAUAAUUGGAGUUUCCUUAGGUGCCUCACAAAAUACCGAAAUGAUAAAGCCUCUAUUGGUUGCUCUGUCAUUCCACCAAUUCUUUGAGGGUAUGGGACUUGGAGGCUGCAUUUCACAGGCAAAAUUCAAGUCUACAUCAACAGCAAUCAUGUCAGUUCUUUUUUCUCUCACAACGCCAGCAGGAAUUGGGAUUGGGAUCGGAAUAUCGAGGGUGUAUAAUGCCCAUAGCUCUAUUUCUCUAAUAGUCGAAGGGAUUCUGAAUUCUGCUUCUUCAGGGAUUUUAAUCUACAUGGCCCUCGUUGAUAUACUAGCAUCAGAUUUUAUGAAUCCAAGGAUGCAGAACAAUGUCAGACUUCUAUGCGGGGCACACAUUUCACUUCUUCUUGGAGCUGGGUGCAUGUCUGUGAUGGCUAAAUGGGCUUGAAUAAUAUUUCAACAAAAUGCUUAUGGGUUUGGUCUUUGAGUAAUUGAGUUGAAGCAAUGAAUUGUUUACAAUCUGAAAGCUGGUCGGCUAGGAACUCAGUUGUAUUAGUUUCAUUAAAUUAAUAUAGCUUCUUCAAUAAACAGCUUUCAUGAA